AUGGGCUGCGGUGGUUCGAAGCCGGCUGCCGACGCCGAAGGCUCCAGCAGGGGGGCGCAGGGCGAGGCGGUGCCGAAUCCCACCGCAGUGUUUGACACGACGAUGGGUUCCUUCGAGGCCGAGAUCUACUUGGACCGUGUUCCCAUUACGGCCUCUAACUUCAUCGACCUCUGUCAAAAGGGCUUCUACGAUGGCAUUCACUUUCACCGCGUCAUCCCAGGCUUCAUGAACCAGUUCGGAUGCCCGCACGCAAAGGACCCCAAGUCGAGCAGAGCCGGCACUGGUGGUCCAGAGAAUGGUACGUACAAGAAUUUGAAGACUGGAGCAACGGAGAAGAGGUUCAACGGUGGAUGCAUCAAGGACGAGAACAUCAGCAAGGAUACAAACGCAAUUGGUACGCUGUCCAUGGCAAACACCGGUCAGAAAAAUUCUGGUGGUUCACAGAUGUUCAUCAACGUUGCUAAUAACUCAAACUUGGAUUGGUUCUCACCUGGUGCAUCGAAGCACCCUGUGUUCGGCAAGAUCACCAGCGGGAUGGAUAUUGUCGAGGCGAUCAGCAAGGUGAAGACCAAAGAUGAUAAUCCGAUCGAGCCGAUCAAGAUGAACAAGAUCACCAUCAACGGGCUCCUGGGCAAGACGGUGGCGCUGAGGGGCUCGCCCGCGCGGGCCGUCAGCGACCGCCGCGAGAGGAACAAUCGCGAAGAGCAGUGGGAACUGUUGGUCGCCAUCGAAGUUGACCCUAACGAGCCCCCUUGGAUCUGCAAGGGCAACGCCGGGUUCGCCGACGCGCAGCUGGCCAAGCCCUACCACGAUUCCCUCGUCAAGGUUCACCGCGGGCCGCCGCGGCAGUCCCUGAUGCUUUUUGGCGACUUCGACAUCUCCGACGCGAACGCCGACCGCCCCGCAGCUGUCCUGGCUCUUUCUCUUUCCCGCCAGUCCAACGAUCAGGUGGGGCGAGCGACCCCGGCUUUCCCGCUGCAGUUCCGCCUGGCGCCGCUGGCGCCUCAGUCCCUGAAGCUGAUCCGCCCGCUGCUGGUUCCAGUCAGGCUGCGCACCGCGCGCGCGGGCAGCCCUGGCGAUGCGAUCUGGCACCAGAUCUGGAAAGCGCACUUCGGGGCCAAGGGCGGCAGCUCCACGAUCGAUGUCAUGCUCCUCACGCUGCGCAUGGCCGGCGCGAUAGCGCACCGCCGCGCGCUGCGUGGACUGGGCGCGCAGCUGCGGGCGUCCAGGGGCUCUCCACCUCAGGGUCACGCGCCAAUCAGGAGAGUGAGCAGCGGAGACACGGGCACGGGGCUCGGCGAGCCCAUCAGUGGCGAGGUCGACCCGCCCGCGCCGGCGCUGUCGGGGGCGCCGCUGCCCGACCUGAGCAUUGAGAUGGAGGACCGCGCUCGCCGCGACAUCAAGCGGGCGUCGCGGGUGGCGCAGAAGGCGGGGUUGAAAGGCAAACGAGUGGUUCACGCCCUCGACCCGCUGGGCCUGUGCUUCGACACCGACAUCUUGAGCGCGCAUCCCGACGCGAGCAACUACGGCUUCUUCAAGCAUCGUCGCCGUGAGGGAGCGACCAUUGCAGCUCUAGUGGCGGCGUGGAGGUUACGGCAUUAUUGCCAUGCGUUCCCAGCGAGCCUGAAGGACAUGAGCAACGCCCUCGCGUCGGUGGACUCACUCGUUGCUCAUGAUUUGGACGCGCCGCUGGCCAGGUCCGCGGGCCCCGAGAUGGCGCCCGACUUCAUCGCGAUAGAUUUCGCAGGUACUCGAUCGGCCCAGCGCGGCGGCGGCAGCGGCAACGUGGCCCUGCAGGGGCAGCCGGCUUGGCUGGCGACACCGGCGGACUCGGCGAAGAGCGCGGAGCCGCCGCCGCGCGCGAAGGGCCGCGGCGAAGGCGAGGGAGGCGGGUCCUACCGAAACCUCCGCGAGACGGUCAACACGGGCGGCUUGCCAGAGUCGCAGGAGGCAACGGGCAAGGCGCGCGACGCGCAGUCAAAGGCGCCGCGCGAAAAGGUGCAGGCAGGCGAGCAGGUGGACUUCGAGAGCAGAGGCCCCCCGCGCGAGGCGAUCUUCGCGGCGUCGGCGAAGUGGCGGAGCGCCGAAUGCAGCCUUGGCAACGAGGGGAAGCCCGACAAAGGCGAGGGCCAGGGCAAGCAGCAGCAGACGCAGACGGAGACGGACAAGGGCCUGAUCAUGAACGCGGUGGAGCCCUUCCACAUGCAUGGCUUGGCGCCGAAGGCGCAGCAGAGCAUGGCCCGCGCCGCCAAGGAGGUUCUCGGAGUUGUCCAGUCGGGCGUGGAGCUGAAGUUUGGGCACGCUGAUCUGAUGAAUGGCGCUGUUGUUGCCGCACUGGGCCCACACGAGCCAGAAUUACAGCGAGUCUUUGGUAGCUCGUCCAGCUUUCAAGGUGGGGCGUUGGGCGGCCAGCUCGGCAUCAGUCCGAUGGCUUCCCCCGAGGUGAGCGUCGACGAACAUGUGAAUAUGCAAGGAAGCAGGGAGAGAGGGGACGAAGGGGACAGCGUUGCACAAAGGAGAAAGACGAAGCAUGUGGGAAGGGUUCCAUCAUGCUGAGCACAGGUGACGCUACGCGAGUCGUAGCCUUCUUCAGGACGGAGAUUGUUCGAAUGGAUCUCCAGGGGACACGGGGCGGGGCACGAGCGUCUCGGAAUCGAAGCCGCACAUUCGCCAUUGGUGUUGGCAAUUUCAUCUGUUCAGGACCUGCAUGGACCUGCUGAAGUGAUUAUCUUGCUAGUCUCUAGAUUUGCUGCGUGAGCAAUUACGCUCGCUUGACUCACGAAAAGUCGGCGCAUCCUUCCAGUAUCAACAUGUAUUCGUUUCCCUAUCCAAGCUGCUGCUUAUCGCGUGAGUUUGCCUCUGGCAGGUCGGCUCGUAUAGCGAUCCGAGAUUGCCUGGCGAUUUUCUGUCUCACGUAAUUGUGCCGGUCACGCCGCCGUAGUGAGAUUCAGUGGUCGCGUGCUCCCCAUUUCCGCUCCUCCCGGA